CCGCCGCUGCUUCAUGUAGCGACACGGCGGCAGUUCAAGCCACAAACGACGACGCCACCGCCAAUGAAAAUGUCCGUAUCUUGAUUUGAGGCAAAAACGGCGAGACAAUUCUGCUUACGUUGAUUAAACUUGAAGAAUAUGAACUUAAUUGAGCAUUUGCUUCAGUGUGUUAAGAAGAAGCUUUACGGAUCUUGAGAGAAGACUUACGGUUCUUUGGAACCAGGCUAUAGAGAUCUUGAUCUUUCCAUAUUUAUCAUUAAUUAUUGUUUGUGCAACAUAAACGAUGCUGUUGUGGUUUUAGUGAGAUAUUAACAGUAGGCUUUCUUUCUUGGAAGGUCCUGUGUUAAAAAGAGAUACAUGAAAUAUGAAUAUAUCCAUUUAUUUGUUAGAAAACCUGUGAAGAGAUCUCCAAUAACCAACAGUGGAAGAAGUAGAUAUUAUCUCUUGGAGCUGAAUCUGAUACACCAUAUUUUCAGUAGUAGGUUCCUGAGUUUUCUUGUAUGGUGGGAUAAACCCAUGGUUGAAUAUGAGAAAGUUAAGAUAUGUUUGUUAGCCUAUCCUCUCUCAAAGAAAAUUUUUAUGCCAGGUAACUAGUAAAAUGGCCUCCCUGAUUGAAUCAUGCAGUCAAUUGAGAGACAAAGUUGGUACAACAGCCCAAAGCAGGGUACUACUUGUCAUUGGCUCAUUGCCAUGCCUCCCUCAUGUUUCACAUACAUGAUAGCUAGCUUCUCUUCUUAAGUCUCUGUAUGUUGUUUUCCUUUACUGGGGCUGGCAAACGAUACAAUUGACAUGAUUUUGUUUACUCCAAGGUACAUUACAUAGGCCUUAAGCAUUUAUGAUGCAAUGUAAAACACAAUGCGGGAAGGUAGACUUUCAACAACUUUUCUGUAAAUAAUUAUCAUAUUUGGUUUGUGUUUGUUUCUUUUUGUCAAUAUGUGUAGACUUUUUUCUUGAUUGGGGAUCAUUUUUUUAUUAUUAGGAGAUAUCUUGAGGUCAUGGUGGCAUGUUUUUACAAUGUCACCAUGAAAAUUGUAAUUGCUCCAUGCUCAUCUGUGUAAUGAACUUUUGAAGAAGUACUGGUGUUGCAUCUUCUAUUUCAAAGUCUAUUUCUGCUAAUUUUGGUGCCUAUUUUUCAGAGAACAAGGAAGUUCUCAGUGAUCUUUAAGAGCUACUACCAGCUGAUUUGUGCAACAUACAGAAAUUGGAUGCUGUCCUAUGUUUGGCUAACAUUGAUCCCACUUAUUGGUCAAUUCUUCCUUUUCCAAUAUUCAGGUGAAUUUUUGUUGGUGGUUUAUUUCAUAUUCUUUUAGAGGUUUAAUUAAAUCACCAUUUCCUUUUCUCUGUCCAAUUUUCCAUAUUUCAAAGAGGGAAACCCACUCCAGCAAAGCUGCACUUUGUUUGGUAUUUUAUGUUUUCCAGAUUCUCUAUGCUUUUACUCUGCAUUUUCUUAGUGGAUCCAGUUAUUUCCUUCCACACGAAAAUGAUGAAGCUUCCUUCUAAAUUCUGAUAUUGGAAUCAGCCUGCCUACAUUUACAAUUUCUUUGUGAGGGUUACUAUGUUCAGCAAUUUUUUUCCCCGUUCUGUUAAAUAUU